CUUUACCAAUUUACUCAGCCAUUACUUCUCCCAGUUCGAACUCUGAGAAAAUCAAAAAAACCCAAACCUGAAAAAACCAGAGAAAAAAAAACCAGGUGGGCCCUUCAAUUGUCGAGCUGAGAAGAACGAAGGGCCUCAGAAAAUCGGGAUAAUUUAAUCCAAGGAAAGAAAAAUGGACGAUUACACGAGAGAGAUGAUGGAUUUGAAAACCUUGGUCACUCGUACUCUCGAGAAGAAAGGCGUCCUCGCCAAGAUCCGUGCUGAAUUAAGAGCUAGUGUUUUCGAAGCGAUAGAAGAGGAGGAUCGAGUUGUUGAGAAAGAAGAAGGGUUGCCUCCUGCACUUUUGGGUAGCUGUAACGAUCGUGCGAAACAACUCCACAACUCUCCUUCGGGGAGGCUUCUAACUGCAUUGAUAUGUGAAUACAUGGAUUGGGCUCAAUUAAACCAUACGCUGAAAGUUUACUUACCCGAGUGUAAUUUGCCGAAAGAGUCUUGGAAAACAGAGUUGAAAGAUUUUAGCAGCAAAAAUGGCUACGAUCUCAAUCGAAACGGAGAUAGCGGGCCAUUGCUUUUGGAUGUUCUUGAGGGGUUCUUGAAAUACGAGAAUUUAUCUCAAGGAAGGGGUAGUAACAGAAGAAUGAACACCCCAGAAACCGAAUCUUUAUCGAAUUUGGACCCUCGAAAUAUGAGAAGAACUUCUGCUUCGUCAGUUGUUGGGGGUUUACCUCCACUAGGAAGGGCACAUCCCUCUUCACAAUCAUCUGACCGUCGAGGUGGAUCAUCUUCGUCUGGAUAUAGGAAAGAUGAAUAUAAUUGGAGACAUGAAAAUGAUGAACUUCCUGAAGAUGUAGUGCGUGCUUCAGCUGCUUUGGAAAAUCUGCAGUUGGAUAGAAAAGCUCGUAACUUAACCACUUCAUGGAGGCAUGCAGGCGAUGGACAUUCGGAUGAAACCAGCUGAGUAGACGACAUUUAGCUGUUACGAUCUUUGACUUAAUUUGGGUGAUUUUUGUUUAUCCAACGGUGUGUGUUUUCUAUGUGACGGAAAACCGUUUUUUUUUUAAUCUAAGAUCGAUCAAUAUAUGCUUGUGUAUUUGCAAUUUUUUUUAACUUCACAUUCACUUUUUUACCCCAAUGCUGCUGUUAUUUGUUUUCACUUUUUUCUUUUACUGUAGGGUGUGAAGAUAAUUAUUGUAUUUAUAUAUUACUGAUUAUUGUUUUUAGCUAAAAUGCAAGGCUUAUUGUUUAAUUA